AUGCCGCCCCCAGUGAGAAGCGCCUACGCCGGGGGCUACAACGAGAACACCAAGAGACAGCUCGAGCAGGUCACCAUUCCAGACAAGGUUAAGUGCGUCAACUGCAAGAAGGUCCGCAUGCAGAGCAUGUUCUCCAAGCGCCAGCUCGAGUACCUGCGUCACGGUAUUGUCACACAGGGUGCUCGUGCGGUCAACGGCACUGGUAUCGCCAAGUGUCGCACCUGCGUUGGGGGCCAGACGGUCGAGCUCAAGUGCUGCAUUUGUGAUAAGAUAAAGGGUCUGGAUGAAUUUGCGAAGGCUCAGCGUCAGUUCCACGAUACCGCGAGAUGCCUGAAUUGUGUUCAGUUCAUUACCGACACCGAGCUCGUGGACGAACAGAAACUCAUCCCGGAAAGUGAGUUGACUACGCAGGACACUGCCUUGACUCGGUCCCACUUCGACGACGAAUCCGUCGCUGCAACCACCAAUCGCCUCAAUAUCACCAGCCUCUACGCCCGCAGCGGCUUCUCCGCCCUCGAAGAGGACGAUGACGAUCUCUCCAUCGGUGGUGGCGUCUGGGUGGAAUCGGAGUCCGGAAACGACGAGAACAGUCUCAGCAAGGGCAAGAGCCGCAUGUACACCGGUUUCGCCGCUAAUGGCACCGCCCAUCAUCAUGUCACUGAUUCCCAGUCAGGCGGAUAUGACUCCUUCUACGGCAAUAGCAACGGCCAACCCCAUGCACUGAAGUAUCAGAGUGCCGCGGCUCAGGUUCCCAACAUCAGGACCGGCAACACUCUGCCUCCUCCCCCGCUUCCGAAGAAGAAGGCUUCCAACUUUGCCAAAGUGCCGGGCCGCCGCGUGCCAGCCAACGAAGCUCCCUCCAUGCGUGUCCCCGAGUCCACAGCCGAAGCUCACCAUUCUGAUGAUGAUGAUAAUGAGAACGGUAUCGAGGAUUUCCUGUAG